AUGCUCAGCUUGGAUGGGAGCGACCCAUACCAGAAAAUCAGUAUGGUCUCUUUCGGAAACCGCGCUCGUGGAUCGGGGGCGUUCUACGACUACUCUGCGAGAUACGGCGCUGUGCGGGAAGAAGACCGGACGACCUUGCGAGAAAGCGUGUUUCCAGAGACGAUAGAUGAGGUCGUUGGUGAGCUUGGCUACCGGCAACGUGAGGUGCAACGCGCGAACGAAGAGGACAUGCAUUACUUCGAACAGCUUGCAGAUAGGAUGGGCCUCACGAAGUUGCUGGAUCUGCCGGUGGUGGCCCUGAGCAACGGCCAGACGCGUCGAGCGCGCGUCGUGAAAGCGAUAUUGCGCAAGCCAGAGCUCCUUCUGCUCGAUGAACCUUUGACUGGACUUGAUGUACAAACGCGGCCGGCCUUGCUAUCGCUAUUAUAUGAGCUGCACUCUGCUCGGCGCCCGCGGAUUAUCCUGGGAUUACGCAUACAAGACGACGUACCCGAGUGGGUCACUCACGUCGCGCUCGUGGACAGCGGGAGGAUUCGCACAGGUACCAAGGAUGAAAUAGAGCGCCUUGUUCGAGAAUCAGGGAGCCUAUCAGAACAGAGCAGAUUGUGUAACGACGUGCCCAAGGUCUCAGUUGAUCAUAGCGGUGAGAUAUUGGUUGAUAUGAAUAAUGUCAGCGUAAAAUAUGGUGAUCGGACGGUCCUGAAAGCUAUUAACUGGCAAAUAAAGGGAGGCGAACGGUGGCACCUUGUUGGCGCUAAUGGCUCAGGAAAGACUACGCUCCUCUCACUCAUUACGGGUGAUCAUCCCCAGUCAUACACCCAAUCAUCUCCGCUAUCGGCACCACCCUCUGAGCCCGCCUCCCAGCGUUAUCUACGGCUCUUCUCUCAACCACGUUCUCGUAUCCCCACACCCACUCUUCACUCCAAAAUAGGCGUGGUUUCCCCAGAGCUAUUCGACGCAUUUCCACGGCGAACGGGUCUAACGGUCUGGGAGGCCGUGGCGACCGGUUUUGAAGGGGUGUUCUCCGUACCUAGGAACAUAGUUACUUCCUCGGGUAAACCCCAACGGAGCGUUGGCGGGCGAGUAGGCGAAGAGCUGACUGAUUCUGAACGACAAUGGAGAGAGAAACGGAUAUGGGACGUGAUCGAACAUCUAGGACCAGCUGCAUGGGCUACCCCCGUCGAACCCGGACACGACCAAAUUUUGCCUGUGUCAGAAGAGUUUGCUUCACGUUCAUUUGCGUCUCUCUCUGUUGGCGAACAACGGGUCGUGCUUCUCAUGCGAGCAUUGGUUGGACAGCCACCGCUGGUUUUGCUGGAUGAAGUGUGGAGUGGGAUGGACGCGAGUAUGAUUAAUGCUGCGAGAUCUUACCUGAGGGGUGAGAGCGGAGUGCCAGGUGAUGGGAGAGGGAUGGCUAAGGAUCAGGCGGUGGUGGUGAUCACACAUUGGGAGAAUGAGGUGCCGUGGAGUGCUGAAGAUGGCGUGAAGAAGUUUGUCUUGGAGAGUGGGGUUGGGAAGGUUGUUCGGUGA